AUGACAUGGAAACAAACACGUAUCAGAUUUCUGCUCGUUAUGAAUAACAAGGAAAGAAUUGUUCAAGAAAAAGCUGAACUUGAUAACUACAGCUACCGGUUUUCUUGGGAUAGAGUUUGUCAUUUUUGUCAACUCCGUCGAUGUUACAUUCAACUUUAUGAAAGUUCACUACAACAGGCAGAUGGUACUGUCAGCACACAAUUGAGACAAAUAGAGAGGGACCUCGACUCCAAAGUUAUCCUUCUUUGAAGAUUAAUUGCACAUGCUAAGGUUGAGAGUGUGAAAUCCAAGGAAGCAGCUCAAAGUAGGCGUCAGAUGAAAAGAAGCUGGUGGCCUUUUGGGUGGCGCUCUUCUUCUGGAGAUACACCGAUUGUGGAAUUUUCUAAAGAAUCACAUUUACUAGAAGACAGGCUAACUAAAGAAGAAUGGCUCGCAAUUAAUAAAAUUUUAAGUUACCAAUCAGAUGAAGAGAUGAAUUUUCCUUUUGGAAAGGACUCACAGAAUACGAUACAUUUUCUUGUAAAUAUUUCAAUUGGGCAGGCCGCAGCUCGGAUAAUUAAUAUCAGACAAACGGAAAUUAUCUGUGGUAGGUUUGAACAUCUUCAAAUCUGCACCAAGUUUUGUCCUAAAAGCAUCCAGUGUAAUAUAAAGUUGAGAUUCUAUGGAUUAUCAUCUCCGGAAGGCUCAAUUGUGCAGAGUGUAAUCAAUGAGAAAAAGGCUGAUGCUUUAUCUGCAACUUUUGUACACUCACCUCAUGGAGAAAAUGUAGAUUGGCAGCUCUCAGCGACUAUUGCUCCAUGCCAUGUCACGGUCCUGAUGGCAAGUUAUAAUCGCUUUGUAGAUUUUUUAAAUAGGACUCAUGCUGUGUGUCCCACUGUUGCAUCUGAAACUGCCACAGCUUUACAGUUGAAGAUAGAGAAAGUAACUCGGAAAGCUCAAGAGCAGUUUCAGUUUGUAUUAGAAGAACAAAGCAGAUUUGAUGGUUCAUCUGAUAGUGAUUGCUUCCACCGUGUCAUUGCUAUUAAAAAGCAAACUGAAAACAGCAUUGCUCGGUUUCUUGGUCCAGCUGUUGAAGAUGAGGUUGUAGAAAUGAUAGAUGCAUUUGGUAUAUUGGAGAUCAUGCUGAUCUUGAAAUUUACGGUUGAUAUUGAUUUUGAUGCUCCCAAAUUGAGGAUCCCCCUUGAGACAAAUGAAAAUAUACCAUCAGAUGGGAGUUUUAUUUUAGAUUUUGGUCAUUUCACUUUGCAUUCUAAAAAUCACUUUGAUGAGCAAAGGCAAAGUCUGUAUUCACGUUUUUAUAUAUCGGGUAGAGACAUUGCUGCUUUCUUCGUGACUGGAUUUGAGAGUGCAGAUAAUAGAGAUGUAUAUCUGAACCAAGCAAUUUUGGAAGUCAAAUCUGUUGCCUUCCUCUUCCUAAAUGUUAGUCAGUUCUAUCCACUAAUUGACAGAUGCGGAACAUCAGUGAUUGUUGACCAGAUCAAAGUGCCGCAUCCAAAUUACCUAUCAACCAGAGUUUCAUUUCAAGUACCCAACCUUGGUAUACACUUCUCACCAGCAAGAUAUGGACGAAUUAUGGAGUUAUUAAGCAUUUUGUAUGGCACUCUUGAAACGAAUGAUCCAGCAGAUACAAAAGACUUCCCAACCUGCCGAGUUUCUUGGCAUCCUGCAGAAUUGUCAGCUGAUGCUCAGAUUCUUGUUUGGCGGUUAAAUCUUGUUCAUUGGGGAGGUGACCUAACUGUAAAAAUGAAGCUGCAUUCUUUGAAAAUCAAAGAUGAGCUUCAAGGCCGUUUCUCAGGAUCUAUAAAGUAUUUAGCAUGUUCCCGGAUUUAUGAGGCUCAGGACAGUGAUAUAUCUGAUUUUGUGUCUGUUACCCUUUUGACAAGGCAUCCUGGUUCUCCUAAAUACAGUGGGACAGAUAUGCAGAUGAACAUUCGAAUGUCAAGGUUGGACUUCUUUUGCAAUAGGCCCACACUUGUUGCUCUUAUUGAGUUUGGGUUGGAUUUGAGUAUCUUGAAUGCUGGAUUGGAUUCUGCAAGUGAUGCAAAUGCUACGGGCAGAACUGCUUCUACUGAAUCAACUCAAGAUGCGGAAAGUGUGGAAGCAACUGAGCGUACAUUUGUUAAGGGUUUGCUGGGUUAUGGCAAAGAUCGAGUUGUUUUCUAUUUGAUUAUGAAUGUUGACAGUGUUCUUAUAUUUCUCAACAAGGAGGAUGAUUCAGCUCUUGCAAUGUUUGUACAAGAAAGCUUUCGGCUGGAUUUGAAAGUUCAUCCGGGCUCUCUUUCAAUUGAAGGGACCUUGGGUAAUUUGAGACUUUGUGGUAUGUCUCUCGGUCCAGAUCAUUGGUGGGGAUGGCUUUGUGACAUACGUGAUCAGGGAGCUGAGUCACUUAUUAAGUUCACAUUUCAGUCAUACAAUGUUGAAGAUGAUGAUUAUGCUGGAUAUGACUAUAGCUUGAGUGGACGACUUUCUGCAGUGCGUAUUGUUUUCCUCUACAGAUUUGUUCAGGAGAUAACAGCAUACUUCAUGGAACUCGCCAAUCCACAAACUCAGGAAGCUAUUCGACUUGUGGAUAAAGUUGGUGGUGUGGAAUGGCUGAUUCAGAAAUACGAGAUAGAUGGUGCCACAGCUGUAAAGCUGGACUUGUCACUGGACACACCAAUAAUAAUUGUGCCACGAAAUUCCAAGAGCAAAGAUUUCAUGCAGCUUGAUCUGGGCCAUCUUCAAGUGAGGAACAGUUUCAGUUGGCAUGGAUGCCAGGAAAAAGAUCCUUCUGCAGUUCAUCUUGAUGUUCUUCAUGCGGAGAUUCAGGGUAUUAAUAUGGCUGUCGGAAUCGACGGGGUGCUAGGGAAGCCUAUGAUAAGGCAAGGCCAAGGACUUCAAAUCCAAGUGCGCCGUAGUUUGAGGGAUGUUUUUCAGAGCCAAUUCAGAUUGUGUUUUUUUCAACAGGUUGGUGUACUACAUGGAGUGAUCAACGAUAAGGAGUAGAUUGUUAUCCUUGAUUGUGCAUAUAUGAAUAUCUCUGAAGAGCCACAGCUCCCUCCAAGCUUCAGGGGCAGCUCAACUGGCCCUAAUGGAUCCAUACGCUUGCUUGUUGAUAAAGUAAAUUUCAACAGUCAAAUCUUUCUAUCUCGUACAGUAACAGUUGUCACUGUUGAAGUUAACUAUGCAUUGCUGGAGUUGUGCAAUGGCAUUGUUGAAGAAUCACCUCUUGCUCAUAUUGCUCUUCAAGGGCUUUGGUUAUCAUACCGCACAACUUCCCUGUCAGAAUCGGAUCUCUAUGUUACUAUUCCUAAAUUUUCUAUUCUGGACAUCCGUCCUGAUAUAAAGCCUGAGAUGUGUUUAAUGCUUGGUUCUUCUUUUGAUGCUGAGAAAUUAGGCCUUUACAAUAUUUCUGGUUCAAUUGGAGAUACAAAGAUGUCAUAUCUUGAUGAUCUUAAUGAAAAGAAGAUGUUAGAGGGUUUUGUUGCAGAUCCUCCCAGUGUAACCAUGCUCUUGUUGGACUACAGAGUCCGUGCACACUCCCAAUCCUUUGUCGUUCGGAUUCAGCAGCCUCGCGUACUAGUUGUUCUAGACUUUCUUCUUGCUGUGGGGGAAUUUUUUGUGCCUGCUUUGGGUUCCAUUACUGGGAAGGAGGAAACUUUGAAUCCUCACAAUGAUCCAAUGAUAAAGAAUGAUCACAUUGUUCUUUCAGCAGCCUAUUAUGAACAGAGAGAUGACAUUGUGUACCUUUCUCAUGACCGACAAUUGAUCGUGGAUGUUUUUGAUAUUGAUGAAUUCACUUAUGAUGGGUUUGGUGGAACAAUAUGUUUGAGAGAAGCUUUUGAUUUACAAGGAAAUCCAUUGGUUGGCCUGAAUCCCAUUAUCUUCAUCAGAUGUAGGAAGAAGUUGCGGUUUAAGAAUGUGAAAAUUGAGUACAUCAUGAAUUUGAGUUCUUCUUUCAUUUUGUUUGCUGCAAAAGGGAAAGAUACUUGGGUACGAGCACUUAUUAAAGAUUUGACAAUUGAAGCUGGUUCUGGUCUUGUGAUCCUUGAUCCAGUAGAUAUUUGGGGAGGAUACACUUGUUUGAAAGAUAAGACCAAUAUCUCUGUGGUAUCUUCUGAUAUUUAUAUCCGUCUUUCUUUGAGUGCGAUUUCUCUAGUACUUCACUUGCAAAAUCAGGCAGCUGCAGCACUGCAAUUUGGCAAUGCAAGUCCAGUUGCUUCAUGUACCAACUUUGUUCGAGUUUGGACAUCACGGAAAGGUAAUAGAACUUGGCAAGGUCUGACCAUUUGAAGACCCCAAGCUCCUUCAGGUUAUGUCAUUCUUGGUGACUGUAUGACAUCUGGGCCAACGACCCCUUCUCAAGUUGUAAUGGCUGUGAGUAAUACUUAUGGCUGUGUAAGGAAGCCUAUAAGUUUCCAGCUCCUCGGUUUAUUCUCCAAAAUCCAGGGAUUGGAAGGGGAUGCUACCCAGUCAGAUGAUCAGUCAGAUGGUGACAGUGAUUGCUCUCUAUAGAUGCCAAUUGCACCUUUGGGCUACUGUGCUUUAGGAUGCAUAGGUCAAAUUGGCGGCAGACCACCACCAAACCACAUUGUUUAUUGCAUUCGUUCUGAUCUUGUGACGUCUGCAGCCUUUUCAGAUUGCAUUUUGUAUGUCCCCCCAGACCAAAGGUUUUCUUCAGGAUUUAGCAUCUGGCGCCUUGAGAUGUCUGCAUUUUAUGCACAUGCUUCCACUGAAUGCCCUCCGAAAACUGUUCUCUGCGAUUUGCGUGAUAUUUUACGUCGUAGCCCAACGCAGCAAUCAAAUUCGAUCAAUAUUCCCAGCCUAGAUAUUUCCAUGAAAAAUAAUAAUGAUAUACGAGAGGCUGAUCUGGGUGUGACUUCCUAUGGGUGGGAUAUGCUUAGGUCGAUUUCAAAAUCCAGUAGUUACUACAUGUCCACCCCGCAUUUUGAAAGAAUUUGGUGGGAUAAGGGCUCUGAUCAUAGAAAACCUGUUUCGAUAUGGCGACCGCUUCCACGUCCUGGUUUUACCAUUCUUGGUGAUUGUAUAACUGUAGGAUUGGAACCUCCUACUUUAGGCUUAAUGUUUAGGAACGAUACUAGUGGGCUUUCUGCUAAGCCUGUGCAGUUUACCAGAAUUGCUCAUGUAGUGGGGAAAGGGAUUGAAGAAGCUUUCUUUUGGUUCCCCAUCUCUCCUCCUGGUUAUGCUUCUAUGGGUUGCAUAGUGUCAAGGACAGAUGCCAUGCCAUGUGUGGAAUCCCUCUGCUGCCUACGAAUGGAUCUUGUUAAUCAGGCGAACAUUUCUGAUGAAGCCAUUAGUAAGGGUUCUAGUUCUAGCGGUUCCAACAACUGGAGCAUUUGGAAAGUUCAAAAUCAGGCUAGCACAUUCCUUGCAAGAUCUGACCUGAGGAAACCAUCUAGCCGUUUGGCUUAUAGCAUAGCUGAUUGUGUGAAACCCAAGUCUCGACAGAAUAUCAGUGCUGAAAUGAAGUUAAGAUGCUUUUCUUUGACAGUCCUUGAUGGCCUCUAUGGGAUGAUGACACCACUAUUCUACGCAACAGUUUCGAAUCUUAACCUUGUGACAACUGGCCGCUUAGAGGCCAUGAAUGCAGUAUCGAUCUCUUCCAUAGGUGCAUGAACAUUCAAUUCUCAAUUGGAAGCAUGGGAGCCUCUUGUUGAACCAUUUGAUGGCAUAUUCAAGUAUGAAUCAUAUGAAAGCAAUAUUCAUAUGCCUUCCAGAGUUGGAAAACGAGUGCGGAUUGCUGCAACAAGCACUGUGAAUCUUAAUAUCACUGCUGCUAAUCUUGAAACUUGUGUGGGGUCUGUAGUUUCUUGGAGAAGACAAGUUGAGUUAGAGGAAAAGUUGAUGAAAGCCACUGAGGAAGCAGAUAAUGGUCAAGGACAGUUAGAUGGUUCAACUUGUUUUGCAUUGGAAGAAGAUGAUUUUGGGAAAGUAAUUAUAGAGAAUAAGCUUGGAUGUGAUAUUUAUGUUAAAAAAUAUGUUCAAAACUCAAAGGAAAUUGAAUCAUUAAAGCAUGAAGAGAGUACUUCAGCUUGGCUACCACCACCCAGGUUCUCAGAUAGGUUUAAUUUUGCGACAGAGAUGAGGGAAAACCACCACUAUGUGACCGUGCAUAUCCUUGACUCUAAGGGCUUGACUUUAUUGGAUGAUGGUAAUAAACAUGACUUCUUCUGUGCUUUACGCUUGGUGUCUGCUAGUCAAGCUAUGGAUCAGCAAAAGCUAUUUCCUCAGAGUGCAAGAACUCGAUGUGUCAAGCCUCUGAUCUCAGAGAACAAGAGUGAACUCCAAGGAACUGUUAGGUGGAAUGAACUAUUCAUCUUUGAAGUUCCUCAAAAGGGACCACCAAAUUUAGAGGUAGAAGUCACAAAUCUUGCUUCAAAGGCAGGGAAGGAUCUUCUGAUGGACCCACAUUUGCUUAGUACUUCACACAAUUGUUGGAACAUAUUCAGCCAAUGUUGAAGGCCUGCUCAACGACAAGAUCUCCUUCAAGGGGUUCGUACGCAGCUUGCUGGCAUACGAGCAAAAAGGGGUGUUACUCUUGAAGCCAUAGCCAUCUGCUCUCCCUCCCUCUCUAGAACUUGUCCAUUGCUGUUUGCAGGAACUCGUCAAGGAAUCUGUCCUCUAAAGCUGCCAAAAAACGCUCAUAUCGAGCUGAUAAUUGCCAGAAAUCUCAGGUGUUCGGCAUUCCGGAUUUUGCGGGCAUUGUUGUUUGGCUUCUGCAUCAUUUUCUUGACAUUUUUUCCUUUUUGAGGACAAUUUGGAGCUGUGUCCUUUGUUACAUAUGUAGCAGCGGCAUUUUCUUAAUAAAAAGUUUGUUCUCUGAUGCAGAUUA